AUGGUCAAUUUUACGAUAGACGAGAUCCGUGAGAUCAUGGACAAGAAGGAGAACAUCCGAAACAUGUCCGUCAUCGCUCACGUCGAUCACGGCAAGUCGACCCUUACUGACUCCCUUGUCAGUAAAGCUGGUAUCAUCGCUGGCGCCAAGGCCGGUGAAACUCGAUUCACUGACACCCGAAAGGACGAACAAGAACGUUGCAUUACUAUCAAGUCUACCGCCAUCUCCAUGUACUACGAGUUGAGCGAAGUUGACAUGACUUUUGUCAAGCAGAAGACCAACGGAAACGCUUUCUUGAUCAACUUGAUCGAUUCCCCGGUUACUGCUGCCCUCCGAGUCACUGACGGUGCCCUCGUCGUCGUCGACUGUGUCUCCGGAGUGUGUGUCCAAACCGAGACCGUCCUCCGACAGGCUAUUGCUGAGCGAAUUAAGCCUGUCCUCUUCAUGAACAAGAUGGACCGAGCCCUUCUCGAACUCCAGCUCGACCCCGAAGAGCUCUACCAGACCUUCGCCCGAAUUGUCGAAAACGUCAACGUCAUUAUCGCUACCUACGGUGGUGCUGAUGAAGACGGUCCCAUGGGCUGCCUCUACGUCUCUCCCGGAAACGGUACCGUCGGUUUCGGUUCCGGUCUCCACGGAUGGGCCUUCACCCUCAAGCAGUUCGCUGAGAUGUAUGCCGCCAAGUUCAAGAUCGAUCUUGACAAGAUGAUGAAGCACUUGUGGGGUGACUACUUCUACGACGCCAAGGCCAAGAAGUGGGUCAAGCAGAUGUCCAAGACCGCCCCCAAGCGUGGUUACGUCCAGUGGAUUCUCGAUCCCAUCUACAAAGCCUUCAAGUCCAUCAUGGACGAGAAGAUGGAUGAAGCCGAAAAGAUCAUGCAGGUCUGCGGCGUCACCCUCAAGGGAGAGGACAAGGAUCUCCGAGGCAAGCCCCUUCUCAAGUGCUUCAUGCGAAACUGGCUCCCAGCUGGUGAGACUCUUCUCCAGAUGAUUGCCAUCCACCUUCCAUCCCCACUCACCGCCCAGAACUACCGAUGCGAGAUGUUGUACGAAGGUCCCCAGGACGAUGACGUCGCCAAGGCUUUCCGAACCUGCGACGCUGACGGUCCACUCAUGGCCUACAUCUCCAAGAUGGUCCCCACCUCCGAUAAGGGUCGAUUCUACGCUUUCGGUCGAGUCUUCGCUGGUAAAAUCGCCACUAGACAGAAGGUCCGAAUUAUGGGCCCCAACUUCGUCCCUGGCCAGAAGGCUGAUCUCUACUGCAAGCAGAUCCAGCGAACCAUCCUUAUGAUGGGUCGAUACAUCGAAGCCAUCGAUGAUGUCCCAUGUGGUAACUUGGUCGGUCUCGUCGGUGUCGAUCAGUACCUUGUCAAGACUGGUGCCAUCACCACCUUCGAAGGCGCACACAACAUGAAGCAGAUGAAGUUCUCUGUCUCCCCCGUCGUCCGAGUCGCCGUCCAGUGCAAGAACCCCGCCGAUCUCCCCAAGCUCGUCGAAGGCCUCAAGCGACUUGCCAAGUCUGACCCUAUGGUCCAGAUUAUCUCCGAAGAAUCUGGUGAGCACAUCGUCGCCGGUGCCGGUGAACUCCACUUGGAAAUCUGCCUCAAGGAUUUGGAAGAGGAUCACGCUUGCAUCCCCAUCAAGAAAUCCGAGCCCGUCGUCUCUUACCGAGAAACCGUCACCGACGAGUCCAGCCAGACCUGUCUCUCCAAGUCUCCCAACAAGCAUAACCGUCUCUACAUGAAGGCGGCCCCUAUGCCCGAAGGUAUGGCUGACGAGAUCGAAGACAAGAAGAUCACUCCACGAGAUGACGUCAAGACCCGAGCUCGAUACAUGUCCGAGAAGUACGAGUGGGACGUCAACGACUGCCGAAAGAUCUGGUGCUUCGGCCCAGACCAGGACGGUGCCAACGUCGUCAUCGAUGUCACCAAGGGAGUCCAGUUCCUUAACGAAAUCAAGGACUCCGUCAAGGCCGGUUUUGACUGGGCCACCAAGGAAGGUGUCCUCUGCGACGAAAAUAUGCGAGGAGUCCGAUUCGACCUCCACGACGUCACCCUCCACGCUGAUGCCAUCCAUCGAGGUGGUGGACAGCUCAUCCCCACUGCUCGACGAUGCUUCUACGCCUGCGUCCUCACCGCCUCUCCACGACUCCUCGAGCCCGUCUACCUCGUCGAGGUUCAGUGCCCAGAAACCGCCAUGGGUGGUAUCUACUCUGUCCUCAACAGAAAGCGAGGUCACGUCUUCGCCGAAGAAGCCGUCGCCGGUACCCCCAUGUUCAUGGUCAAGGCUUACCUCCCCGUCAACGAGUCCUUCGGUUUCGAUUCCGAGCUCCGAGCCGCCACCUCCGGACAGGCCUUCCCACAGUGCGUCUUCGAUCACUGGCAGAUUCUCGAGUCCGACCCCACCGAAGAGAACUCUCAGGCCAACAAAAUCGUCGUCCACACACGAAAGCGAAAGGGUCUCUCCGAAACUCUCCCACCACUCGACCGAUUCUUGGACAAGUUGUAA